AUGUUCGGGCUCAACCGCGAGAAUGAGUUCCCUGUGGAGGGCCGUACCGCUAUCAUCACUGGCGGCUCGGAUGGCAUGGGUCGUGCCGUUGCUGGUCAGCUUGCCGGAAAGGGAGCUCAUGUUGUGGUGGUUGCUCGCACCGCUGCCAAGUUAGAAGCAACUGUGGAAGAACUGAAGUCGAAGGCGCUGAGCUCGCUCAAGCAGCGUUUCCUCUAUAUCCGUGCUGAUCUUACGGAUGCCACCGAGUGUGAACGAGUUGUUGCUGAAGUCACUGCCUGGAAUGACGGUGCCGCUCCAGACAUUGUUUGGUGCUGUGCUGGCUUCUGCCACCCAGGGUUCUUCACUGAGGUGCCAAUCCAAGUCCAGCGUCAGCAAAUGGAUACCGUCUACUGGACUGCCGCUAACAUGGCUCACGCUACUCUGCGAAAUUGGCUUGCCCCAGUGUCUCCCAGCGUUCAAAUGCGGACCAGUCGCCGACACCUUAUUUUCACCUGUUCAACUCUUGCUUUUGUUCCCAUCGCCGGCUACGGCCCUUAUUCGCCCGCCAAAGCUGCCAUUCGCUCCUUACACCGCAAUACUGCCCCUGCUGCCGAUGUCAAGAUCCACACUGUCUUCCCUAUGGGUAUCCUGAGUCCAGGAUUCGAUAACGAGCAGAAGAUCAAGCCAGAGUUGACCAAGAUGCUUGAGGAAUCUGACAAGCCUCAGACACCUGAGGAAGUUGCUCAGAUUGCCAUCAGCGCACUGGAACGUGGCGAGUAUUUGAUCACCACUAUGCUCAUCGGGAACAUUAUGAAAGGCACCGCUCUUGGCCCUAGCCCGCGCAAUAGCAUUAUCGGCGAUACGUUCCUCAGCUGGCUCAGUAACCUUGUGUUUCUCCAAGUCAUUCCCGAUCUUCGCAACAAGGCGUUCAACUGGGGAAAGACCAAUGGCCUUCCCCAGUAG